AUGGUUGACCGAAGACGAAAUGGAUCUGAUUAUUUCUGGGACUUACUAUUGAUUCUAGGCACGGCUGGAGCCGCUUGGUUUCUUACUAGAAAUGUCAUAUCGACUCUCCAAGGAACCCUCGCCGAUCCGGACAAGGAGAAGCGUGAGCAGGCUCGACUCAAAGCGAAGGCAAACCUUCAGAGGCUACAAAAGUCAAGAGAGUAUGAAGAGGAAGGCAUAGAAGAGGAAGACUCGAACAACGAAACGAAACGGGGUCCUCGGAUAGAGGAUUUAGUCCUUAACGAAUAUGAGAAUCUUGUUGCGUUGGAGGUUGUCCCCCCAGAAGACAUACCCGUCGGGUUCGAUGACAUCGGUGGAUUAGAGGACAUCAUUGAAGAAGUUAAGGAAUCCGUCAUUUACCCGUUAACGAUGCCGCAUCUCUACUCCCACGCAGCGCCCUUGUUAUCCGCGCCGUCUGGCGUGUUACUCUACGGCCCUCCGGGUUGCGGAAAGACCAUGUUGGCAAAGGCUGUUGCACAUGAAAGUGGCGCGUCCUUCAUCAACCUUCAUAUUUCAACCUUGACCGAAAAGUGGUACGGAGAUUCAAAUAAGCUCGUACGAGCAGUCUUCUCUCUUGCUCGUAAACUACAGCCUGCUAUCAUAUUUAUCGACGAGAUAGACGCAGUGCUAGGGACCAGGAGAAGCGGUGAACAUGAAGCUAGUGGUAUGGUCAAAGCAGAGUUCAUGACGUUAUGGGAUGGUUUAACUUCUGCAAAUACGCAAGGACUCCCUGCAAGAAUCGUCGUACUUGGCGCUACCAACCGUAUCCAUGACAUCGAUGAGGCUAUCCUCCGCAGAAUGCCUAAGAAGUUCCCUGUGUCUUUACCGGAUAAAAACCAACGGCUACGGAUCCUUCAGCUUGUUCUCAAAGAUACCAAGACCGAUCCUAACAACUUCAACAUUGAGUAUGUAGCGAGGGUAACGGCCGGCAUGUCUGGUAGCGACAUUAAGGAAGCUUGCCGCGAUGCGGCUAUGGCCCCGGUACGAGAAUAUAUUCGCCAGCACCGAGCAAGCGGAAGCUCUAUGUCUGCCAUUGACCCAUCUAAAGUACGAGGAAUCCGCACAGAGGAUUUCUUCGGGCGAAAAGGUGCUGGCCAGAUUCUUAUGAAGAAUCACGCACGAGCGAAAUCGUCAAGUGACGAGUAUGAAGACGUCGAGGACGACGCGGAAACCGUUGAGACAUCGACCACGGGUGCGAAGACUGCGGAGGCUGCUACGGAGAUUCCCUUCGGCCGCCGGGAGGUCUUGUUUUCAUCUCGUCACUCAACCAUGGACGACUCUAAACCUCUAAACAAGGCCGUUUCCAAGGUCGAUAUCGACGGUCAUACUCUACCGCCCUCACCUGCUCCCUCGAGUCCUUCUAACGGCCGUCGACGUUAUGCUCUUGCUACUGAACUUGUUUAUACCGAAACCAAAGACCAAUACGGUGCCUCAAGCAUCCCAGUCUACCAAUCCGCUACAUUUAAGCAGACCUCUUCCAAGGGUGGCGAUGAAUAUGACUACACACGAUCGGGCAACCCAACCCGAACGCAUCUAGAGCGUCACAUGGCUAAGAUUAUGAAUGCUAACCGAGCCCUUGCUGUUGGUUCCGGCAUGGGUGCUUUAGACGUUAUUACUAGGCUGUUGCGUCCUGGAGAUGAAGUGAUCACUGGUGAUGAUCUGUAUGGGGGUACCAACCGGCUACUUACAUAUUUAUCGUCGAAUCAAGGCAUCGUUGUCCACCAUGUGGAUACCACAGAAGUCGAAAGGGUACGCGAGGUUGUCUCGGACAAGACUUCCAUGGUGCUCUUGGAAACCCCGACCAACCCCUUAAUCAAGAUUGUCGAUAUCCCGUCAAUUGCGAAAGCUGUCCACGACGCUAAUUCAAAGGCGCUCGUCAUCGUUGACAAUACCAUGUUAUCGCCUAUGCUAUGCAAUCCCCUCGAACUCGGAGCAGAUAUAGUAUACGAGUCAGGUACUAAAUACCUAUCAGGCCAUCAUGAUAUUAUGGCAGGCGUCAUCGCAUGCAAUGACACUUCUCUCGGUGAUAAGAUGUAUUUCACUAUUAACGCUACCGGUUGCGGUCUCUCUCCGAACGAUUCAUUCCUUCUCAUGAGGGGAGUCAAGACGCUAGCAAUUCGUAUGGAGAAGCAACAAGCGAACGCUCAAGUACUUGCCGAAUUCCUCGAGUCUCACGGUUUCCGCGUACGUUACCCUGGGUUGAAAUCUCAUCCACAGUACGAUCUUCAUUGGUCCAUGGCGCGGGGUGCCGGAGCAGUCUUAUCUUUCGAGACCGGUGACGUCGCCUUAUCCGAGAGGAUUGUUGAAGCUGCGAAGCUAUACGGAAUCAGCGUGAGCUUCGGGUGUGUCAACAGUUUAAUCAGCAUGCCGUGCCGUAUGAGCCAUGCUAGCAUCGACGCAAAGACAAGAAAGGAGCGGCAGAUGCCCGAGGACAUCAUUCGACUCUGUGUUGGUAUCGAGGAUGUCCAUGACCUGGUCGACGACCUAUCCCGUGCACUCGUACAAGCAGGUGCAGUGACAAUUACGCUUGACGGUUUUCAUGCGGUAGGAGCUACAGCACAGGUCGGAAGCACAAUUUCGAGCAACGAUACGUCGUCUGAGCCUACAUUAUCUUGA